GGCACCAGCCACGUUCCUGUAAAGAAAUAUACGACCAGAACAGCGCCAGCUCCAACAAGGCAUAUACCCUCAGGUUAGACAAUGGAGAUCUGCCUGUGUACUGUUCCAUGAGUGGGGAGCUCGGAGAAUGCGGAGAUGGCGGAUGGACGCUGGUCAUGAAGAUUGAUGGUGAAAAGAACACGUUCUGGUAUGGUUCAAACAGGUGGUAUGACAGGUCUUCAUUCUCUCCCCAAAAUGGAGACACUGGGUUGGAUCACUUGGAGACCCAGUUACCAACCUACUGGAGCACGUCCUUCACCAAGAUCUGUCUCGGUAUGAAGGUCAAUGGAGUAACCAGGUUCUUGCAAGUGGAUAAGGCAGCAGCCUCACUGGAUGACCUCAUUGCUGAUGGUGAAUACCGUCCUACUUCGCUGGGUCGGGAUGAAUGGAAGACGCUGAUUGGUCCCGAUGCCUCCCUGCAGCUUAAAUGUAACAAAGAAGGGUUCAACUCGCAAGGAACUAUGCACCGUACCUCGAGAGUUCGAAUUGGAAUCAUCGCUAAUCAAGAAAACGAUUGCAACUUCCCUGAUUCCAGAAUCGGAUUUGGUGGAGGAGGGUCAGGAUUCGAAAACGCCUGUGGAAACGGAGCCUCGUGGAGUGCGGACAACGGAGACAAAAAUAUCAAGGCUUUCGGCUACAUCUUCGUUCAGUAAAGAAGCUAAACUGCUCUGCUUAAGGAAAAAGUUGCAUGUGACGUAAAGCGAUGAUCAUGCUCUAAUUUCAGUAAUGGGGAUUUUAAAUGUAGGUUUUUGCUUUUGCACUUACGCGAAAGAACAAUAAA